UUUAUUAGUGUCUUUUUAUAUCCUCCGUGUCUCAGAUUUCACUAUAAAAGGAAGCUUCUCCUUAGGUUAGCUAUCAGUUUUCGGUCUAAGAAUCGACAGCAAUAAACCAGUUCAAGAUGAAAUUCGCUAUUGUCCUUUUGGGUUUGUUCGCCCUCUCUGCCGCCCUUCCACAACAACGUGGACUCGUCGACAAAGUUGAGGAUGUUGUUCAGAAUGCCAUUAGCAAAGCCCAUGCUGAAUUGGACACCAUUGUUGACCUCGUCAAGGGAUUGACCUCUGAUACCAAGGGCAAGGCUGACAGCAUCGUCUCUGCUGCCAAGGACAAGAUUAGCUCUGUUAUCGCUCAAGCCGAAAGCCAAAUCUCUGCAGUUGUCAGCAAGGGCGGAGUCAUCGCUUCCUGUGCCAAGCAAAACCUCGGUGAUUUGGAUGCUUUCAAGACCAUCAUUGGCAAGAACGUAGGAGACUGCGCCUCUGGAUUGUCCACUGCUGUUGAUAACUUCGAAGCUGAUAUUUCUGGACAAAUUGCUUCCUUGAAAUCCGCCAUCUCUGAAUUGGUCACCAUUGUUGAAGAAUGCUCCACCGGCAGCAAGGUUGAAGAUGUCAUCUGUGCUGUUGCCAAGGUCGGCGAAGUUGAAACCCUUGUCCACUCCAUCAUCACUGAUGCCACCUCUGCUGUUGAAGUUGCCCGUGGCAAGUCCUCAACCGUUACCGAUCAAGUCCAAGCCUGUGUCCAAGAAACCGUCGGCGAAGCUACCAUCACCAUUAACAAGUUCGUCUCUGCUGUUAAGCAAUGCGAAUAAGCAUUUUAGUUCUGUUGCUGUUGAGUAUCCAAUAAAAGUGUUUUAAAUUAA